AUGUCUCUUUCACCAACCAAAAAGCGAGUGCAUGGAGAUAACCAAUCAUCACCAUCAUCGUCGUUAUCAUUAUCAUCGUUGCCAGAUGACGCGAUCUUGAGGUGCUUGCUCGGAGUCCCAAGAAGCUCUCACCUCAACGUAUCUCACGUGAACAAGACUUUCAGGUCUCUUGUUCGGUCCCCCGAGUUUGAGUUUCACCAAAUCCGAUCGCUCCUCCUCCACAAGACUCCGUCUAUGUCUCCGUCUCGUAUGGAGACAUUGGCCGUGUCUUCCAAUGGUUCACUCUCCGUUCCAUUGAGAUUGAGAAUGAAAAGAGGAAGACGAUUGAGUACCGACUGGUCCCAUUCUCAGUUCCGCUCCCUAGUAAUGGUUAUGCAUUUUUUCCUACACGUGUCGUCGCCGUUGGGUCAGAGAUCUACUUCGUUGGCUGCGACUCCGAAGAAGACUCCGACUCCUCCACGGAUCUCUGGAUUUUUGACACUCGUUCCGGAGACUUAA